AUGGAAUAUAAUGAUGAACGACGUAAUAAGAUUGGAAUAGCUGUGAUAAUAUCAUUGUUAUUUUUCAUAUUUCAUACACAUAAUAAUACAAAUGAAUAUACUAAUGGUAUAUAUAUUCCUACGCUUCGACAAAAAUUAGAUCAACCAACCUUUUCACAUAUAAGGCGUGCUUAUAAUGGUUUAAUUAAAGUACGUAAUAAUGAUGUAUCAUUAUUUGCACCAUAUUUAGAUAAAAUUAAUAAUAAUUGGCAUGUAGGUGGUUCAACGAUGAUACGAAAUAAUGGAUUUAUACAAUUAACGAGAUCCGGUGAGACAAAUCGUGCAGGUUCAUUAUUGUCUAAUGGUGUCGGUGAUAAUAAAAUUAAUAAUUUUGAAACAGUUUAUGACUUUAAACUACAAGAUAGUCAUGGGGAUGGGAUGGCUUUUGUAAUGACUUCCGAAAAUGGUUUUAUUUGGAAAGAUUUAACUUCAUCUUAUGCAUUAAGACAAUAUUUGAUUAAUACUAAUGGAAUUUUACCAAAUGAUAUUACAAUGAUGGGAUUUCCAAAAAAUUUACCCGGAUUAGCUAUUAUUUUAAGAACAAAUACAAUGUCACAAAUACCAGAAUGUGAUAUAUUUUUAAAUUUAGAUCCAUCACAACAUUCUUAUGACUUUGAAAGUUCUGGUAGAGAUAGUAGUUCAAUUAAAUUAAAUCAAUAUUCCAUUCAUCUUAAUAAAAAUUUAUUAAAUGGACAAAGAACACGAUUAAGAGUAAUAUAUUUAGAGAGUAUAAGUUUUUUGAAAAUUGACAUAUCAUAUACUCAGGGACAAACUUGGGAAGAAUUAUAUAUUAAUUUAAAUUUAUCUUGGGAAUUACCAAAAAAUCAAAGAUCAGGUGAAAGAUAUAUUGGUAUCUCAAGUCUUGCUAAACAUAAUAGUCAAAGUGUCUCUUUGUUUAGUAUAUGGACUAAUGAAUUCCAUUGGUCGAAUAAUCGGGAUGAAACAAUGGAAAUUACUAAUGAUGAAUUUAAAAAAGAUGCUUUAAAUUUCAUUCAAAGUGAAUACGGAGUUGUUAUAAAAUCGGGAUCAUCUGGAGAUACUACAAAUCAACCGAAAACACAAACAAGUUGGAUUCGAUCUUUUGGGUGGAUAUGGUUAAAAAUCAUAGGAAUAAUCAUUAUCUUAGUGAUAAUUUAUUUGAUGUCUAUCUACCUCAGAGUAAUCAAGAAACAUAUCCAUAAAUUAAAGAAAAAACGAUUACGUAGAAUGCAUAAGAAAAAUUACAAGGACAAUAUGUUACUUCCUAUAUAA